AUGGCCAUCGUAUCAGUAACUGAAGAAAACAUGGGUCAAGUUCGGGGUAACAUGACCGUGAUGGACGGUGUCGCUACCUACGUCUUGGAAUGUCUUUCUUCCAACAAGACGGGAGAAGUAGCUUGGUUCAAAGAUGGAGAAGUGGUCCGGCCUUCGAAGAGGUUCGUGGCUAAGGUCAACAAGCUGUACGUUAUCAAUGCGUUAAGUAGCGACUUGGAAGGAUACGCUUGCUAUAUCAGCUUGAGUGGCAGAAUGAACUAUACAGAAAAUAAACCAACAGCUGAUUCGGCCGACGGAAAACAUCUAAGCGAUAGAGAGGAAAGGAUGAUAAAGUGGAAGCGUAGGUCUCGUGCGAUAUGGCCACUCCUAGGUAUCGUCGGGCAGUUCGUCAUCCUGGCCAUCAUUAUCCUGGUGUGCGAUAAGAAGAAAGAGCAUUUCGACGAAGACGAUGAGGACAGCAUUCCCUCACCUCCAGAGCCCACCUUGGACCACAAGCCUUCAGUCCACAAGGAAGCACAGACAGACAUGGCUCUGUACCGCUGGAAGAUGAUCGCAGAGAGCGUCCACCGCUCUCAACAAACCACCUUCGUCUAA